AUGGCGGCUCCAGGUGCGCUCGGGGGCUCCAGGUGCGCCCGGGGGGGGCUGGAGCUCACCUGGGGCCUCCUGGGGCUGCUGCACCUGGGCGGCAUUCUGUGCGCAGGUGAGCCCGAGGAGGGCCAGGUGCGCCUGGCCGGGGGCCCGCACAGGUGCGCGGGGCGCGUCGAGGUGUUCCACGCGGGCAGGUGGGGCACGGUGUGCGACGACGCCUGGGACCUGGCGGACGCGCAGGUGACCUGCCGCCAGGUGCGCUGCGGCCCCGCCCUCUGGGCUCCAGGUGCGGCGCAGUUCGGGCGCGGCUCAGGUGUGAUCUGGAUGGACGAGACCGAGUGCAGCGGCGGCGAGGCUCACCUGGCCGAGUGCCCCGCCCGCACCUGGGGCCGCAACGACUGCUACCAUGGAGAGGACGCGGGGGCCGUGUGCGCAGGUAAAGGUGCUCAGGUGUGCUCAGGUGUGCAGGUAAAGGUGCUCAGGUGUGCCCAGGUGUGCUCAGACUCUCUCGAGCCGGAGCCACCUCACCUGCGCCUGGCCGGGGGCGAGCACCGCUGCACAGGGAGGGUGGAGCUGCUGCACCUGGGCAGGUGGGCCGGGGUCUGCGGGCACACCUGGGGCCCGCGAGAGGCUCAGGUGGUCUGCAGGUACCUGGGCUGUGGGACCCCUCUGGCUGCCCCGCCUGGGCACACACCUGGGGACGCACCUGGGCACACACCUGGGCAGGUGUGGCUGGAGCAGGUGAACUGCGAAGGCACCGAGAGCGACCUGAGCCAGUGCAGGGCGGGGCCCUGGCAGGAGCGCACCUGUGCCCAGGGGGGCGUGGCCAACGUGACGUGCUCAGGCUCCGCACUGGCCACGCCCCCCCAGGUGCGCCUGGCAGACGGGCCGCACAGGUGUGCCGGCCGCGUGGAGGUGUCGCACCUGGGCAGGUGGGGCACGGUGUGCGAUGACACCUGGGGCUUCGCGGCGGCUGCCGUGGUGUGCAGGUACCUGGGCUGCGGCCAGGUGAUUGCGGCCCCACCCCGCGCACGCUUUGGGCCCGGGAGCGGCCCCGUGUGGCUGGACGGGCUCACCUGUACAGGUGAGGAGGGAGCACCCUCCGAGUGCCGCCAUAAAGGAUGGGGGGUGCACACCUGUGAGCACAGCGAGGACGCUGGAGUGGUGUGCGCAGGUUCGGGCCUGGCUGACCUGACUCACCUGCGCCUGGCCAAGGGCCCGCACAGGUGUGCUGGGCGUGUCCAGGUGCUGCACGAGGGGCGCUGGGGCGGGGUCUGUGGCCUCACCUGGGCCCUGCCCGCUGCUGACGUCACCUGCCGCUACCUGGGCUGUGGCCCCGCCCUCCGGGCCGGCCAGGUGAGCGUCGGGAGGGAGGAGCUCACCUGGGUGGAGUCGCUCAGGUGUAACGGCAGCGAGGGUGGCCUGCUGGAGUGCCAGGUGAAGGUGUGGGGCGCCCCCUACUGCCCGCACGCCACCGUCACCUGUGCGCAGCCAGGUGAGACCCUGGUCCCCCAAAAUGCGACCCUGUCACCCUCAGGUGUGACCACUGCACCCUCAGAUGUGCUCCCAGGCGAGGCCCCAACACACUCAGGUGCAACGGUGGCACCUUCAGGUGAGCCCCACAUGUGCUCAGGUGAGCAUGAGAAACCCCCAGGUGAGCCCGAGAAACCCCCAGGUGAGCCCCUGGUGUGUCCAGGUGAGCCCGAGGAGGGCCAGGUGCGCCUGGCCGGGGGCCCGCACAGGUGCGCGGGGCGCGUCGAGGUGUUCCACGCGGGCAGGUGGGGCACAGUGUGCGACGACGCCUGGGACCUGGCGGACGCGCAGGUGACCUGCCGCCAGGUGCGCUGCGGCCCCGCCCUCUGGGCUCCAGGAGUGGCGCAGUUUGGGGAGGGGGCGGGGCCGAUCUGGCUGGACCGGCUCAGGUGUGAGGGCAGCGAGGCUCACCUGGCCGAGUGCCCCGCCCGGCCCUGGGGGGAGCACACCUGUAACCACGUGGAGGAUGCCAGCGUCAUCUGCGCAGACUCGGGGCUGUCCGGGGUGCCCCAGGUGCGUCUCUCAGGUGCGCCCGACAGGUGCGCGGGGCGCGUGGAGGUGCUGCACGAGCACCUGUGGGGCACCGUCUGCGACGACUCCUGGGGGCUGCGGCAGGCGAAGGUGGUCUGCGCUCACCUGGGCUGCGGCCGUGCCCUGGAGGCGCCAGGUGCAGCCAGGUAUGGUCGGGGCUCGGGGCCCAUCUGGCUUGAUGACGUCACCUGCACGGGGGAGGAGCCAGAACUGUUCAGGUGUGCCCAUCGCACCUGGGGACAGCACAACUGUCACCACGGGGAGGACGCAGGUGUGGUGUGUGCAGGUAUGGACGGGUGUGUGCAGGUGUGCCAUGCAGAGGUGAGGCAGAGGAUCACCUGUCCGUCCCUCACAGGUAACUCCAGCUCAGCUGAGGUGCGGCUGGUGGCCGGGCCUCACCUGUGCGCAGGUAGGGUGGAGGUGCUGCACGAGGGGAGCUGGGGGACGGUGUGUGAGCACGACUGGGACCUGAGCGAUGCACAGGUAGUGUGCCGCCAGGUGGGCUGCGGGCCAGCGCUGGAGGCUCCAGGCGGGGCGCGGUUCGGGCAGGGCUCGGGCCAGGUGUGGCUGAGCAACCUCACCUGUGCAGGCAGCGAGCGACACCUGGGGCAGUGCCACGGCCCCACCUGGGGAGAAAACACCUGCGGGCACGACAAGGACGCGGGGGUCGUGUGUGCAGCCUCUCCCUCCACGCCCUCACCUGCCUCACCUGAGCACUCGGAGCUCUUCCAGGUGCGCCUGGUGGACGGGCCGCACAGGUGUGCCGGUCGUGUGGAGGUGUCACACCUGGGCAGGUGGGGCACGGUGUGCGACGACACCUGGGACCUGCGUGCCGCCCGCGUCACCUGCCGGCACCUGGGCUGCGGCCACGCCCUGAGCGCACCUGGGCGCGCGCACUUUGGGCCCGGUCGCGGCCCCGUGUGGCUGGACCAGGUGCGCUGCUCAGGUGAGGAGCACACCUUGGACAGGUGCAAACGUCCGGCCUGGGGAGAGCACGACUGCGACCACGGGGAGGACGCAGGGGUGGUGUGUGCAGGUACCGACCCCCCCCAGGUGCGGCUGCGGGGCGGCCCCGGGCCCUGCGCGGGGCAGGUGCAGGUGCUGCUGAACCACACCUGGCUGCAGGUGUGCGGCCUCACCUGGGGGCUGCCCGAGGCACAGGUGCUGUGCAGGCAGCUGGGCUGCGGCCCUGCCCUCAGCGCACCUGUGGGGCCGCACCUGCCGGGGGAGCUGCACCUGGCCGGGCUCACCUGCGAUGGCUCCGAGUCGCAGCUCCUCGAGUGCUUCGCUGAGGGGGCGGGGCCCGGCACCUGCACAGGUGGGGCCGCUCAGGUGCGCUGUGUCAUGCCCAAAGGUGCAGCCCCCACCUGUGUGUACCUGGUGGCGCUGUUGGUGCUGAUGAUGUCACUGGGUGGGGCCCUGCUCUGGCUCACCUUGCGGGCCAGGUGUGUCCCAGCUCACCUGGGCGCCCCGAGGGCCCCCAGCACCAUUUACCUGCCCAGGAGAGCCUCACCUGGUGAGACCGAGGUGCUGCAGCUGAAGGAGGACACCCCCUGA